AGCAUAACUUAAACCCACAAAUUAAGCUUGAAAAACAGCAAGAGAAAAAAAAACCUUUGAACAAGCAAUGGCUUCUUCUUCUGCUAAUAAGUGUCGUCCCUUGGCUAAUUUUCACCCAACUGUUUGGGGAUAUCAUUUCCUUUCUUAUACUCAUGAAAUUACUAACCAAGAAAAAGUUGAAGUUGAUGAGUACAAAGAAACAAUUAGAAAAAUGCUGGUGGAAGCUCCUGAAGGUAGUGAACAAAAACUUGUGUUGAUAGACGCGAUGCAAGUCUCCAACUUGAGCAAUAAUAACUCUCUUAAGGCUGAAGUAACUGAAGCCUUUAGUCAGCCUAUUCGCAUGACUUUACCAAGGGUGGGAGCAAGGAAAUACAUAUCCAUUUACGAAAACAAUGAUGCACACAACCAUUUGCUUUUGAAAUUUGCUAAAUUGGAUUUCAACAUGCUGCAAAAGUUGCACCAAAGAGAGCUUAGUGACCUUACAAGGUGGUGGAAAGAUUUGGAUUUUGCAAAUAAAUAUCCAUAUGCAAGAGACAGGUUGGUUGAGUGUUACUUCUGGAUAUUAGGAGUGUAUUUUGAGCCAAAGUAUAGUCGUGCGAGAAAAAUGAUGACAAAAGUAAUCCAAAUGGCCUCCUUCUUUGAUGACACUUUUGAUGCUUAUGCAACCUUUGACGAACUAGAACCUUUCAACAAUGCAAUCCAGAGAUGGGAUAUUAAUGCAAUCGAUUCAGUACCGCCAUAUCUGAGACAUGCUUAUCAAGCUCUUCUAGACAUAUACAGUGAAAUGGAACAAGCGUUGGCCAAAGAAUUUAAAUCAGAUCGUGUAUACUAUGCAAAAUAUGAGAUGAAAAAGUUGGUGAGAGCCUAUUUUAAGGAAGCCCAAUGGUUAAACAAUGAUAAUCAUAUUCCAAAAUAUGAGGAACACAUGGAGAAUGCGAUGGUAAGUGCUGGCUAUAUGAUGGGAGCAACAACUUGCUUGGUUGGUGUGGAGGAAUUUAUAUCCAAAGAGACUUUUGAAUGGAUGAUAAAUGAACCUUUGAUAGUUCGAGCUUCCUCAUUGAUUGCCAGAGCAAUGGACGAUAUUGUUGGACAUGAAGUUGAACAACAAAGAGAACAUGGAGCUUCACUUAUUGAAUGCUACAUGAAAGAUUAUGGAGUUUCAAAGCAAGAGGCUUACGUUAAAUUCCAGAAAGAAGUCACCAAUGGAUGGAUGGACAUAAACAGAGAAUUCUUCUGUCCAGACGUAGAAGUACCAAAGUUUGUCCUUGAACGAGUGCUAAAUUUCACACGCGUGAUAAACACGUUAUAUAAAGAGAAGGAUGAGUACACAAACUCCAAAGGAAAAUUUAAAAAUAUGAUAAUUUCGUUACUGGUUGAGUCUGUCGAAAUAUGAAGAUGAUAAGGAAAUUGCACCGUCAACAAUUUCAAAUGUGAUUCAUAAUAUAUGAACCGUUAAUUCCUCCGGAAUAUUUCAAAUAAUCAAGUUGUUUUUUAGGAGUAAUUUAUUAAGGAAAGAUCUUCAUUCAUUCAUUCAAUAAAUAUACAACACUAGAGUUGUAUUAAAUCCUCUUUUAUUUCAUGUCCAGCUUGUUUGGAUGUAUCGUAAUUGUAAUUGUAUUGUAUUAAUGUGAUUAUGGAGUUUGAUAAACUGUCUUUGAUGCAGUUCAAUAUCAUUUUAUUGC